AUGGUGGAAGAAGUUUGGAGAAAAGGUCCAUGCUGGACCGGCGAAGAAGAUCGUCUCUUGAUUGAAUACGUCCGUGUUCACGGUGAAGGUCGUUGGAACUCUGUUGCUAGACUCGCAGGAUUGAAGAGGAAUGGUAAAAGCUGUAGACUAAGGUGGGUGAAUAACCUUAGACCAGACCUCAAUAGAGGACAGAUCACUCCUCAUGAAGAAAGUAUAAUACUUCAGCUACACGUGAAGUGGGGCAACAGGUGGUCGACGAUUGCACGUAGUUUACCAGGAAGAACAGAGAAUGAGAUCAAGAACUACUGGAGAACCCAUUUCAAGAAAAAGGCAAAGCCAGCGACUAACAAUGCUGAAAAGACAGGAAAAAACAAUGCUGAAAAGACAAAGAGUCUUCUCUUAAAGAGGCAACAAUUCAAGCAACAGAGACAAAUGGAGUUGCAACAAGAACGGCAGCUGUUUCAAUUUGACCAACACGAUAUGAAAAAGAUUAUGUCUAUACUCGAAGAUAACAGUAGCAGUAGCAGCAGCGAUGGUGGUGAUGUGUUCUAUACUCCUCAUCUGAUGAUAUAUUCAUCAACAACCAAUGGCUAUAAUAACCCUAACCCGUUGGAGGAGCAGUUACAAGGGAAAUUUGCUCCGGUAAACAUACCUGUAACUACUACUAUGAACCAAAACAAUGUCAUAGGGGACGGGUUUGGGAACUUGGAUGUUGUGGAUGGACAUGGUGAGAACUUGGGUAUUGUGGGUGCUACUGCUGCUUGUGGCCCAAGGAAGCCCUAUUUUCAUGACUUGGUAAUUCCAUUUGUUAAGUAA